UGCUUUCUUUUUGAAUUCCUAUUUAAAUAGUAAUAGGCUAAAUACACGCUUCUAAACAAUUUGAGAGGAAAGCGUCAAUGCGUGAAGAGUUGAAUAGUUACACAAAGUUAGAGCUUAUAAGUUAGAGCAGUAUACCGUUUCCAGAGAACACUAUCCAGUCGAUAUCCAUAGCAUCUUGUGAAUUUCCUGAUAAUCACAACUUAACUUGAAAGAUGGAAGGACCACUUAGAAAUAAAAAAGAUAAAAAGUCGGGAAAUGGAAAAAUGAAAACGAGUAACAGGAACACCAACAAACAAAAUGAGAAACCAGAGAGAACUGACGAUUCUGGAACACCUAGCCAAGACGACAGAGAGGAUAGCACCCAACGCUUAGGUUUAGAUGAAGCAGAGAAAAACAAAAGUGACCACGAUAUGAGUCCAAACGAGAAAGAAGGAAAAGAGAGAACUGACGAUUCUGGAACACCUAGUCAAGAUGACAGAGAGGAUAGCACCCAACGCUUAAGUUUAGAAGAAGCAGAGAAAAACAAAAGUGACCACGAUAUGAGUCCAAACGAGAAAGAAGGAAAAGAGAGAACUGACGAUUCUGGAACACCUAGCCAAGAUGACAGAAAGGAUAGCACCCAACGCUUAAGUUUAGAAGAAGCAGAGAAAAACAAAAGUGACCACGAUAUGAGUCCAAACGAGAAAGAAGGAAAAGAGAGAACUGACGAUUCUGGAACACCUAGCCAAGAUGACAGAGAGGAUAGCACCCAACGCUUAAGUUUAGAAGAAGCAGAGAAAAACAAAAGUGACCACGAUAUGAGUCCAAACGAGAAAGAAGGAAAAGAGAGAACUGGCGAUUCUGGAACACCUAGCCAAGAUGACAGAGAGGAUAGCACCCAACGCUUAAGUUUAGAAGAAGCAGAGAAAAACAAAAGUGACCACGAUAUGAGUCCAAACGAGAAAGAAGGAAAAGAGAGAACUGGCGAUUCUGGAACACCUAGCCAAGAUGACAGAGAGGAUAGCACCCAACGCUUAAGUUUAGAUGAAGCAGAGAAAAACAAAAGCGACCACGAUAUGAGUCCAAACGAGAAAGAAGGAAAAGAGAGAACUGACGAUUCUGGAACACCUAGUCAAGAUGACAGAGAGGAUAGCACCCAACGCUUAAGUUUGGAAGAAGCAGAGAAAAACAAAAGUGACCACGAUAUGAGUCCAAACGAGAAAGAAGGAAAAGAGAGAACUGACGAUUCUGGAACACCUAGCCUAGAUGACAGAGAGGAUAGCACCCAACGCUUAAGUUUAGAAGAAGCAGAGAAAAACAAAAGUGACCACGAUAUGAGUCCAAACGAGAAAGAAGGAAAAGAGAGAACUGACGAUUCUGGAACACCUAGCCAAGAUGACAGAGAGGAUAGCACCCAACGCUUAAGUUUAGAAGAAGCAGAGAAAAACAAAAGUGACCACGAUAUGAGUCCAAACGAGAAAGAAGGAAAAGAGAGAACUGACGAUUCUGGAACACCUAGCCAAGAUGACAGAGAGGAUAGCACCCAACGCUUAAGUUUAGAAGAAGCAGAGAAAAACAAAAGUGACCACGAUAUGAGUCCAAACGAGAAAGAAGGAAAAGAGAGAACUGGCGAUUCUGGAACACCUAGCCAAGAUGACAGAGAGGAUAGCACCCAACGCUUAAGUUUAGAAGAAGCAGAGAAAAACAAAAGUGACCACGAUAUGAGUCCAAACGAGAAAGAAGGAAAAGAGAGAACUGGCGAUUCUGGAACACCUAGCCAAGAUGACAGAGAGGAUAGCACCCAACGCUUAAGUUUAGAUGAAGCAGAGAAAAACAAAAGCGACCACGAUAUGAGUCCAAACGAGAAAGAAGGAAAAGAGAGAACUGGCGAUUCUGGAACACCUAGCCAAGAUGACAGAGAGGAUAGCACCCAACGCUUAAGUUUAGAAGAAGCAGAGAAAAACAAAAGUGACCACGAUAUGAGUCCAAACGAGAAAGAAGGAAAAGAGAGAACUGACGAUUCUGGAACACCUAGCCAAGAUGACAGAGAGGAUAGCACCCAACGCUUAAGUUUAGAAGAAGCAGAGAAAAACAAAAGUGACCACGAUAUGAGUCCAAACGAGAAAGAAGGAAAAGAGAGAACUGGCGAUUCUAGAACACCUAGCCAAGAUGACAGAGAGGAUAGCACCUCACGCUUAAGUUUAGAAGAAGCAGAGAAAAACAAAAGUGACCACGAUAUGAGUCCAAACGAGAAAGAAGGAAAAGAGAGAACUGACGAUUCUGGAACACCUAGCCAAGAUGACAGAGAGGAUAGCACCCAACGCUUAAGUUUAGAAGAAGCAGAGAAAAACAAAAGUGACCACGAUAUGAGUCCAAACGAGAAAGAAGGAAAAGAGAGAACUGACGAUUCUGGAACACCUAGCCAAGAUGACAGAGAGGAUAGCACCCAACGCUUAAGUUUAGAAGAAGCAGAGAAAAACAAAAGUGACCACGAUAUGAGUCCAAACGAGAAAGAAGGAAAAGAGAGAACUGACGAUUCUGGAACACCUAGCCAAGAUGACAGAGAGGAUAGCACCCAACGCUUAAGUUUAGAAGAAGCAGAGAAAAACAAAAGUGACCACGAUAUGAGUCCAAACGAGAAAGAAGGAAAAGAGAGAACUGACGAUUCUGGAACACCUAGCCAAGAUGACAGAGAGGAUAGCACCCAACGCUUAAGUUUAGAAGAAGCAGAGAAAAACAAAAGUGACCACGAUAUGAGUCCAAACGAGAAAGAAGGAAAAGAGAGAACUGGCGAUUCUGGAACACCUAGCCAAGAUGACAGAGAGGAUAGCACCCAACGCUUAAGUUUAGAUGAAGCAGAGAAAAACAAAAGCGACCACGAUAUGAGUCCAAACGAGAAAGAAGGAAAAGAGAGAACUGGCGAUUCUGGAACACCUAGCCAAGAUGACAGAGAGGAUAGCACCCAACGCUUAAGUUUAGAAGAAGCAGAGAAAAACAAAAGUGACCACGAUAUGAGUCCAAACGAGAAAGAAGGAAAAGAGAGAACUGACGAUUCUGGAACACCUAGCCAAGAUGACAGAGAGGAUAGCACCCAACGCUUAAGUUUAGAAGAAGCAGAGAAAAACAAAAGUGACCACGAUAUGAGUCCAAACGAGAAAGAAGGAAAAGAGAGAACUGGCGAUUCUAGAACACCUAGCCAAGAUGACAGAGAGGAUAGCACCUCACGCUUAAGUUUAGAAGAAGCAGAGAAAAACAAAAGUGACCACGAUAUGAGUCCAAACGAGAAAGAAGGAAAAGAGAGAACUGACGAUUCUGGAACACCUAGCCAAGAUGACAGAGAGGAUAGCACCCAACGCUUAAGUUUAGAAGAAGCAGAGAAAAACAAAAGUGACCACGAUAUGAGUCCAAACGAGAAAGAAGGUAAAGAAAUGGAAGCAUUGGGAGAAAACGAUGGAAAUGACAAUGAUGAUCAUUGUGGAAAGAAACCGUUUGAGACGCCAAGAUCGAAAGUGUGUGAGGUUGAAAAUUCAGAUAGGAGAAACAAUCAUCUCAGAAACAAUGUGAAAGAAGAGACUGAAUCGAACAAUGAACAGAGUACUUCUGAGGAAGUUUUCUGUCAAACUGAACGUGAUAAUUUUGACACGGAAGAACAACAUCGUGAUAACAAUACUUUAAAAAUAGAAAAAGGAAAGCAAGCUGAUCAUAAUCACAUGGACGAGACAGAGAGUCAGACUGAACAUAAACACAUGAACAUGGAUGCGAGUCAGCAGAAUGGAGAAGAUGGUGGGAAAACCAAUGAUAUCGCAAUGACUCAAUCUAACAAUGACCAGACUACUCCUGAGAAAGACCAGCCUAUACAUGUGGAAAGUACAACAGAGUCUAUUGGUGUAAACGGAGCAAAAAUAGGUGUUAGUCCAUCACAGAGUUUCCAUACUGGAGACAUUAAAGAUAACCAAAUGGACAAUGACAAUAUCAGUACAAAGACUGAUACAUGUUAUAAAGAAGAUAAACCGAUGUCUUCUCACUCAUCAGAAUAUGGAACUGACCGAGGCACUGAUGAAACCCCCAGUAGCAACGCUUCCUUGAAUCCACAAAAAAAGUCCAGAGGAGUUUUAGAGGAAGACACAUCUACGGAGUCUAAUGAUGUAGUGAGAAAGGAUGUAGUAAGAGAAGAAACAGUCGUUGCUAGUGAUGCAAAAUCAGGGGAUGAUAGUCCAUCGCAGAGUGUUCAAAAUGGAAACAUUGAACAUGAUAAUAUAAACAGCGAAGAGAUGCAACGUUCUGCUUCACAUACCACCAUUGGUUCAACGAAUACUUCCAUCACUAUGACGCCUGUACAGGGACUGCCUUCUGGGGCAUUUGGUGACGAUGUCGGUGAUCCCGGUGUGCGAAAUAAAGAGAUACCUUUAGAUGAAAACGAGGCUGGAAAUAACAACGUGGUGGGUGCUGACAAUUUUGAAAACGAAGAAGAUUCUAUCCAGUCACCAACUUCUGCAACUAAUAUGGCUCACUUCCAAGGAUCCGAUGAAACCCACAACUCUCUCUCUGAUAUACAAAACCAGUCCAGAGAGAUUUCAGAAAAGAACACAUCUGCGGAGUCCAAUGAUGUAUUGACUGAUGAUGUAGUUGUAGAAACAACAGUUGUUGCUAGUGAUGCAAAAUCAGGGGAUGAUAGUCCAUCGCAGAGUGUUCAAAAUGAAAACAUUGAACAUGAUAAUAUUAACAGCGAAGAGAUGCAACGUUCUGCUUCACAUACCACCAUUGGUUCAACGAAUACUUCCAUCACUAUGACGCCUGUACAGGGACUGCCUUCUGGGGCAUUUGGUGACGAUGUCGGUGAUCCCGGUGUGCGAAAUAAAGAGAUACCUUUAGAUGAAAACGAGUCUGAAAAUAAACACGUGGUGUCCGCUGACAAUUAUGAAAACGAAAUGGUUUCUUUCCAGUCACCAACUUCUGGAACUAAUAUGGCUCACUACCAAGGAUCCGAUGAAACCCACAACUCUCUCUCUGAUAUACAAAACCAGUCCAGAGAGGUUUCAGAAAAGAACACAUCUGCAGAGUCUAAUGAUGUAUUGAGAGAGGAUGCAGUUGUAGAAACAACAGUCAUUGCAAGUGAUGUAAACUCAAGAGAUGAUUAUACAUCGCAGAGUGUUCAAAAUAAAAACAUUGACCAUAGUAAUAUAAACAGCGAAGAGAUGAAACGCUCUGCUUCAACUUCCACCAUUGAUUCACCGAAUUCUUCCAUCACUACGACGCCUGUACAGGAACAGCCUUCUCGGGCAUUUGGUGACGAUGUCAGUGAUUCCGGUUUGCUGAAUGGGGAGUUAUCUUUAUAUGAAAACGAGACUGAAAAUGACAACGUUGUGAAUGCUGACAAUUUUGAAAACGAAAUGGAUUCUCCUCAGUCAUCAGAGUCUGGAAAUGAUAUGGCUCAUUACGAAGGCUCCAAUGAAACCCUCAGUUUCAACUUGCUCUCUGAUAUACAACUUAAAACUUCACAAGAGAAAGAAAUUGAAAAAUUACAACGAGAGCUAAACAUUAAAAAUGAAAAUCUGGCUACUUUAAAAGAAGAAAUGAAACGUCGGGAUGAAAUUAUAAAUGAGAAAAAUUCCGAAAACGCAGAUUUAUUGCACAGAUGUGUUGCUUCGGAAACGUCCGCAGAAGCAGCUGAUGAUUUAAGAGAACAGUGUGAAGAUAAAAAUCAUCAAAUUGAAACACUGGAAGGUGAUUUAGCUUCUGUGCGAAAUGAAAACGAAAGUUUAAAAAGGCAUCUAGAAGAAAUUGAAAACGUAGCUGCAGAUCAUCAGAGGUUAAUUGAUGAAAAUAAAAGUCUUGAUGAGUAUUUAGAACAAGAAAGACAAUCAAGCGCAGCAUUGAAAGAAGAGACUCAGGCUUUGAAAGAACAGAUUACCAACAACGAAGAUGUUUUAAAGGAAUUUGAAAGUCAAAUUAAAAAGGCAAUUGAAGAAAAAGAAGAAUUAGGAGCAAAACUUGCAAGCCGAAAUGAGAACAAUUCUGAUCUUCUCUCUAAUUACCUGGAGAUGAAGAAAAAGGAAGAAGAGUUGGCAGCUGAGCUAAAGAAAAUGCAAGAAAAUUAUCAACACGAAAAACGACGUUCAGAGGAAUUGUCAGAUCAAUUAAGUUUGAGAAACAAGGAAGUAAUAACUACCGAAAAUAAGUACAAACAAGAGAUAGAAGAACUUAAAGCUAAAUAUAAAACUGAGAAGGAUCAAGCAGAAAAGGAGAAGGAAUUACUAAAACAGUGCGUCACAAAACUCAAUGAGGGCAGUCAACAACUUCAAGCUGAAAAUAAGCGAAUAAAGGACGAUUUACAGUUAAAGUCAAAGGAAUGUGGAAACUUGAAAUCUGAACGGUUGAGAAUUACAGGAGAGCUAGACGCUGCCAAAAAGGAAAUUGCAGAGCUCAGUAAUGAAAGAGAUAAACUGGGAGCUUACAUUACCACUGUAAAUGAUGAAGUAAGGCAACUGAGAGCAGCUCUUGAAUUGAAAGAAGCAGAGAAAAAUGCUGCCAAUGGUAACUUUGUAACUUACGAAGGCUCCAAUGAAACCCUCAGUUACAACUUGCUCUCUGAUAUACAACUUAAAACUUCACAAGAGAAAGAAAUUGAAAAAUUACAACGAGAGCUAAACAUUAAAAAUGAAAAUCUGGCUACUUUAAAAGAAGAAAUGAAACGUCGGGAUGAAAUUAUAAAUGAGAAAAAUUCCGAAAACGCAGAUUUAUUGCACAGAUGUGUUGCUUCGGAAACGUCCGCAGAAGCGGCUGAUGAUUUAAGAGAACAGUGUGAAGACAAAAAUCAUCAAAUUGAAACACUGGAAGUUAAAACUUUACAGGAGAAAGAAAUUGAAAAAUUACAACGAGAGCUAAACAUUAAAAAUGAAAAUCUGGUUACUUUACAAGAACAGAUGAAACGUCGGGAUGAAAUUAUAAAUGAGAAAAAUUCCGAAAACGCAGAUUUAUUGCACAGAUGUGUUGUUUCGGAAACGUCUGCAGAAGCGGCUGAUGAUUUAAGAGAACAGUGUGAAGACAAAAAUCAUCAAAUUGAAACACUGGAAGUUAAAACUUUACAGGAGAAAGAAAUUGAAAAAUUACAACAAGAGCUAAACAUUAAAAAUGAAAAUCUGGUUACUUUACAAGAACAGAUGAAACGUCGGGAUGAAAUUAUAUAUGAGAAAAAUUCCGAAAACGCAGAUUUAUUGCACAGAUGUGUUGCUUCGGAAACGUCUGCAGAAGCGGCUGAUGAUUUAAGAGAACAGUGUGAAGACAAAAAUCAUCAAAUUGAAACACUGGAAGAAGCGGCUGAUGAUUUAAGAGAACAGUGUGAAGACAAAAAUCAUCAAAUUGAAACACUGGAAGGUGAUUUAGCUUCUAUGCGAAAUGAAAACGAAAGUUUAAAAAGGCAUCUAGAAGAAAUUGAAAACGUAGCUGCAGAUCAUCAGAGGCUAAUUGAUGAAAAUAAAAGUCUUAAUGGUCAAAUUAAAAAGGCAAUUGAAGAAAAAGAAGAAUUAGGAGCAAAACUUGCAAGCCGAAAUGAGAACAAUUCUGAUCUUUUCUCUAAUUACCUGGAGAUUAAGAAAAAGGAAGAAGAGUUGGCAGCUGAGCUAAAGGAAAUGCAAGAAAAUUAUCAAUACGAAAAACGACGUUCAGAGGAAUUGUCAGGUCAAUUAAGUUUGAGAAACAAGGAAGUAAUAACUACCGAAAAUAAGUACAAACAAGAGAUAGAAGAACUUAAAGCUAAAUAUAAAACUGAGAAGGAUCAAGCCGAAAAGGAGAAGGAAUUACUGAAACAACGCGUCACAAAACUCACUGAAGGCAGUCAACAACUUCAAGCUGAAAAUAAGCGAAUAAAGGACGAUUUACAGUUAAAGUCAAUGGAAUGUGGAAACUUGAAAUCUGAACGGUUGAGAAUCACAGGAGAGCUAAACGCUGCCAAAAAGGAAAUUGCAGAGCUCAGUAAUGAAAGAGAUAAACUUGGAGACCAGUCCAGAGAGGUUUCAGAAAAGAACACAUCCGCAGAGUCUAAUGAUGUAUUGACAGAGGAUGUAAUUGUAGAAACAACAGUUGUUGCUAGUGAUGCAAAAUCAGGGGAUGAUAGUCCAUCGCAGAGUGUUCAAAAUGAAAACAUUGAACAUGAUUAUAUAAACAGCGAAGAGAUACAACAUUCUGCUUCAACUACCACCAUUGAUUCACCGAAUUCUUCCAUCACUACGACGCCUGUACAGGAACAGCCUUCUCGGGCAUUUGGUGCCGAUGUCAGUGAUUCCGGUCUGCGGAAUGGGGAGGCAGAGAGAAAAAGUGUGUCACAAACUGUGGUCGGCCUUAUUUUUGGAGUCUUUAAAUUUGUGAUUUUUAUGUCAUCCUCAAUCUUUGGAAAUUUUAUGUCUUUAUAUGAAAACGAGGCUGAAAAUGACAACGCUGUGGAUGCUGACAAUUUUGAAAACGAAAUGAAUUCUCCCAAGUCAUCAGAGUCUAGAAAUGAUAUGGCUCAUUACGAAGGCUCCAAUGAAACCCUCGGUUACAACUUGCUCUCUGAUAUACAACUUAAAACUUCACAGGAGAAAGAAAUUGAAAAAUUACAACGAGAGCUAAACAUUAAAAAUGAAAAUCUGGUUACUUUACAAGAAGAGAUGAAACGUCGGGAUGAAAUUAUAAAUGAGAAAAAUUCCGAAAACGCAGAUUUAUUGCACAGAUGUGUUGCUUCGGAAACGUCUGCAGAAGCGGCUGAUGAUUUAAGAGAACAGUGUGAAGACAAAAAUCAUCAAAUUGAAACACUGGAAGGUGAUUUAGCUUCUGUGCGAAAUGAAAACGAAAGUUUAAAAAGGCAUCUAGAAGAAAUUGAAAACGUAGCUGCAGAUCAUCAGAGGCUAAUUGAUGAAAAUAAAAGUCUUAAUGAGUAUUUAGAACAAGAAAGACAAUCAAGCGCUACAUUGAAAGAAGAGGCUCAGGCUUUGAAAGAACAGAUUACCAACAAGGAAGAUGUUUUAAAGGAACUUGAAAGUCAAAUUAAAAAGGCAAUUGAAGAAAAAGAAGAAUUAGGAGCAAAACUUGCAAGCCGAAAUGAGGACAAUUCUGAUCUUCUCUCUAAUUACCUGGAGAUGAAGAAAAAGGAAGAAGAGAUAGCAGCUGAGCUAAAGAAAAUGCAAGAAAAUUAUCAACACGAAAAACGACGUUCAGAGGAAUUGUCAGGUCAAUUAAGUUUGAGAAACAAGGAAGUAAUAACUACCGAAAAUAAGUACAAACAAGAGAUAGAAGAACUUAAAGCUAAAUAUAAAACCGAGAAGGAUCAAGCAGAAGGGGAAAAGGAAUUACUGAAACAGUGCGUCACAAAACUCAAUGAAGGCAGUCAACAACUUCAAGCUGAAAAUAAGCGAAUAAAGGACGAUUUACAGUUAAAGUCAAAGGAAUGUGGAAACUUGAAAUCUGAACGGUUGAGAAUCACAGGAGAGCUAGACGCUGCCAAAAAGGAAAUUGUAGAGCUCAGUAAUGAAAGAGAUAAACUGGGAGCUUUCAUUACCACUGUAAAUGAUGAAAUAAGGCAACUGAGAGCAGCUCUUGAAUUGAAAGAAGCAGAGAAAAAUGCUGCCAAUGAAUGCAUGCAAAAGGUUGUUAGAGAAAAGCAGGAAAUGAUGUAUAGCAUGGGGAAUCUUCAAAGAAUAGAGCUAGAGAACCACCAACUUAAACAUCAAAAUAUGGAUCAAUCAGAACAAAUUACCAAGCUUCAUGCAUCACUUCAAGAAUAUGGAUUAUUACGCGACCAUAUUCAAGAAUAUUACAAAGCUUUGCAAGAUUCCCAAAUGGAACUUCAAAGAGAAAAAGAGAAGAGUCGACACAUCAACGAACUGCUGUCAAAAACUGGGUACCGUUUAGAUAGUAUGGCUUCAGAACUGAACAAUUAUCGGACAAUGACUGAAGGUUACAGACGUUCAUUGGAAGAAGAAAAGGAAAAAUCCAACAAAUUAGAACGAAAGUUGGAUCGUCUUACCAUAGACAAUGAGAAGCUGACGGAAGAACGAGACAAAUGUGAACAAAAGAGUUUUGAGUACAAAGACGAGUGCAGAAGCUUGCGUGAAGAUCUUGAAAAGUCACAAGCUGAAUGCCGGGACCUACUGAGCCAAACACAAGAGGGAGCUUCCGACGGUACAACGAGUUUACUGCAAGGAAACUAUUUCACAAGCACACCGAUGGGCAAUGGGUUUGGAAAGCCGAGUUCUCAAUCUAAUUUUGUAUUUGAUACCGGGUCCUGUGCUGGAGAUUGUGAUCAUUUGGUUAGAACCACUUCAUAGCAAACUAAAAUGAUAAAAGAUAACCAUGCAUUUAUAUUUCUUUUGAAGUGUUACAUGAUAAUAAUUUGUUGAGUUGUGAUACAUUUACUAUAUUGUUGCGUGGGGUGUAACAUGAAAAAAUUCCAAUGGUUUAAAUGCAAGACUAAUUUUGUUUAUUCUGUCUGAUAUUCAUUUAUGUAUUUCACUUCCUUUUGGCAGCUACUUCAACAAUACACAUGUCUGGCUGAACAGGUCAAUGACUUCCGAUUCUAUUGACAUUAUAUACCAGUACAUCGUUAUGUUUAAGAAUCAACCACAAUAUAAAAAGAUUGAAAUCAAACAAGUCUCAUUUCAUGAAGGCCAUGCAUUUUUAUGGAUAUUUUUGUUUUUUAUUUCAAAUUAAUUAUCCAUGGAAUAAAUUUUUAUGUCUUAUACUUUUAUUAUAUAUAACCGGAUAAAUAUUUUUAGAGUUUUACGUGCUCUGUCUCAUUUGUGUGGAUGCAUUUUUAUUUAGACAUCUUGUUAUUCUUUAAAAUAUAAUUAUACAUGUAUUUGUGUUGUCUUAAAAAAUACUGUAUAUCGAUUUUUACCGACACGUGAGUUAAAGAAAAUAAAGUUUAAUUGCAUAGCUCAUAUUAAUAUUCAGUUAUCAAUUGGGCGUCGUCAUUGUUAUAAGCGUUUCACACCUAUAUUUCCUCCAUUUUUAAGCUUAAAUGCUAUGAAAAAGGUAAGCAUAUCUUAAAAAUAUGCUUCUUAUGUAUUAAAUUAAUAAUAGACUGUAGUAUUAUACCUUUGCAUAAGUGAUAUUACUUAAUUAAAGGGAUUUAGACACGAUUUGAACCCAACAUUUUCAAAUUUUAUUUUUUUCAUUUUUAAUAUAUAGAAUGAUUAAUAUGGGUAUAAUAUGGGUGUUUGCCACGGGUCAUUUUGUCAAAGAAAUGGCAAUUUCCUUACUUUAUAUAAUUUGUAAACAAAUAUAAGAUUCGAGCUUUGUUUACAUAACAAAAUAAUUCUUUUCUGUGUAUUUCGCUUGUAACUUGACAUCUAACAUUCAAAUUUUGGUCAAUCUUACAAAUGCAAAAGUAAACCAUUUAAUACAUGAAGAUAAAAAAUAAAAUUUUGAUCUCAGAUCGUGUCUAAGUCCCUUUCAGGUCUUUCGUUUUCAACGUAAGACCAUAUUGGUUUUGUUCGUUUUUUCCUACUGUUAUUUCUUUUACCUACAAAAUAUGAUUAAAUGAUUUCUCGAAAACGGAUUGGCUCGGCCGAUUUUCAUAAAACUUGCACAUUUGAUAGACAUUGAUCUGAACUUGAUAACAUUUUUUUGGAUGACGUCCUUUUUUUUGAGAUAAUGACGCGAUUUUCAGACGGUCGGCUUGCAUUGUCCAGUGAUCUCCUCCUAAACGGUAAAAGAUUUCAAGUUAAAACUUUCGGAAAUUGUAAACAAGAUAUUGUAGAUGUGUCAUUUGGCAUUCAUAUUUGUCAUGCUCAAAAAACGUUGAAGAUCGCAUGGUCCCGAAAAAUAAGAUUAAAAAUCUUCGUAUUUGUUCCUGAUUUUUUUAAUCUCCACUACUGAAAUCAAAAGCCACUGAUAUUCCCAAAAAUUGACAGACAUUGUCUAACAUCCACUGUAUAUUCACUGUACCCUACUGUAAAUCCAUUGUACACCCACUGUACAGAUCUACUGUACCACACUUUAUCCCACUGUACAGAGCCACUGUACUCCACUGUACUCCACUGGACAGCACUGUACCUACCCACUGACCAGCACUGUACCUCACUGUACACCACUAUACGGGGCACUGACCAGCACUGUACCCCACUAUACACCACUGUACAGGGUACUGACAAACACUGUACACCACUGUAACCCACUGUACCAAUGUUUUUAUAAGUUAUUUAUAUGCUUGAACAAUGAAUUGAAUAUUUACUUUAUUUGAGACCAAAAUCUGGAUUUGUUUUGAUUCUUUCCUAUUGCUUACAAGAGAGAAAAUGGGCUUCUAUUUCUUUAAGUUCACAUAUAAUUACAUGCUAGGUCAGGAUUUUUUUCCAGGGAAAGGGCAGGGAUAUCAUCGAUUUCUGGGGGAGCUUAGACAUAUUUGGGAUAGUUGUACAAUGUAAGUUUUAAAAAAUUGAAUUAUCCUCUGCUCCCCCCCCUCCCCUAUCCUCCGAUCCAUGCAUGUAUUAAAAAAUCAGAAUCCAAUUAUCAUACAAAAUAAAUCAACUUAUCCACUUUAAAGGGGAAAGUAUUUAUAUAUAUUUCAAUAUCAAUUUUCUAGUAAUUAAAUAUUUAUUUGGGAUUUUUAUUUUUACAAUGAAUUUAAUUUUAUCAAUAUUGUCAAAUAAAUAUUAGUUUACAUGUAACAUUAAAGUUUUAAAAUUCAGAGAAUUUAAAACUAUGUAUUGCAUUUUAUGGAUAAAAAAAAUCCACCAUAUUGCACAACAUACUGAUUUUUUUUUUCAAGUGAGAGAAGAUAACCAACUGGUCUAUACUUUAAAAUGUUUUUGAAGUUUUACUUCACAGGAAGAUCCGUGGGUCAGUGUCUGUGUAUAGUAUACAUACUUUCAAUAAAUCAAAAGGUGUGAAUGUCGUAAUAUUCAACCUUGUAAAUUGUCAGUCUGACACCUUGUUCAAGAUAUUAUGUAAUUCCCUUAUAGGGGUAUUUGUGGUCUUUAGAGUAUUAAAUCCAGUUGAAAUAUAUAUUUUUAAAAAUAUAACAUGUGUGAAUAAAUGAAAUUAUCUUUAUA